UGAACUGUAUUAUAAUCAUUGUCACAUUUGCAAUCGUGCUGAUCACGAAAAACACUUUUGCUCCUGCUCGCGUGAUAUAGCUUAAUUUAUGUUAUUAAACUCAGCAGCACUCAAGAAUUCAUACAGGGGCAUUUUUUGCCGUAUCUUGAAUUUUGGUGGCAUUUUUUAUUUAUUUAUUUUUUUGUCAUAAACCACCAUUAAUUUCCGACCUGUUUAUCGUUAUUAUGUUGUGAAAAUUGUGGUUGAAAAAGUGAGGAUCAGAACCACUCCUACUUGGAUAAAUCAGUCGCUGUCUGUAUUACUUCAGGAAUCCGCUUGUGGCGCACUUGAGCAUAUUUUAAUUUACAUCCAGAGGGACAAAAUUGGGGAGAAUAAGUAAUGUGUUGUGUCAGUGUGCAAUAAAAUCUAGUUUUAUGUUUCUGGUUUCAAUGAAACACUAUGGUGGACCACUCGGGUUGAUGAUAUUGGGCCUUAUGUGGGUUUAAAUGAAUCUUGAUCACGGACAAUAGUCAUGUUUAAUAGCGCUCGAAUGAUGUAGUUUAUCAGAUGUGAGCACCGGGGCAGGACAGCUGCUUGUCAAUUCUUUUGAAGCUCAUCUUACAAAAAGGAAGAUUAUUUCCAUUUGGACAACGGAUUUUCUCAACAGAACUACCCCACAGUGAUCUUAAUUCACACUUGGAAGGAGAGGAAAGCGAGAACAUGAGUGAUCCAAAACCCUGCACAAAGAAACAUCAUGAUACUGAAGAAAAAAGAGACCUGAUGGGAGCGAACAAGAAAGGAAAGACGGAAGCGAAAAAAUCUGUCAACUGCUCUCAUUGCAAAAAAAGUUUCACACGUAAAACACACCUUAAGAUUCACAUGAGAGUUCAUAAUGGAGAGAAGCCGAAACAAAAAAAAGCCAUUAGGAGGAACAUAAAGAUCCACGCUGGAGAGAAGAUUUCUGACUGUCAUCAUUGUGGGAAGAGUUUUGCCUGCAAAAGUAACCUUAAGGGACACAUGAGAAUCCACACUGGAGAGAAGCCACAUACAUGUGACCAAUGUGGGAAGAGUUUCACAUGCAAAGGAGACGUUAAGAAACACAUGCAAAUUCACACUGGAGAGAAACCGCACACAUGUGAUCAAUGUGGGAAGAGUUUCACACGCAAAGGAGACGUUAAGAAACACAUGCAAAUUCACACCGGAGAGAAAUCGCACACAUGUGAUCAAUGUGGGAAAAGUUUCGCAUGCAAAGGAGACGUUAAAAAACACAUGAGUAUCCACACUGGAGAGAAGCCACACACAUGUGAUCAGUGCGGGAAGAGUUUCACACAAAAAGUACACCUUAAGAAACACAUGAAAAUCCACACCGGAGAGAAGCCGUACACAUGUGAUCAGUGUGGGAAGAGUUUCGGACGAAAAGACGCGCUUCAGAUACACAUGGUAAUCCACACCGGACAGAAGCCGCACGCAUGUGGUCAGUGUUUUAAGACUUUCGCAUUAAAAGGAAACCUUAUGAUACACAUGAGAAUCCACAAUAGAGAGAAGACGCACACAUGUGAUCAAUGUGGGACAAGUUUCGCACGCAAAAGAGAACUUGAGGAACAUGUGAAAAUCCACACUGGAUAUAAGCCACACACGUGUGAUCAAUGUGGAAAGAGUUACACACGAAAAGACCACCUUCAGAGACACAUGAAAAUCCACACUGGAGAGAAGCCACACACAUGUGAUCAGUGUGGGAAGAGUUUUGCACGCAAAGAAGAACUUAAGGAACAUGUGAAAAUCCACACUGGAGAGAAGCCACACACAUGUGACCAAUGUGGGAAGAGUUUCAUACGCAAAGGAGAAGUUAAGAAACACAUGCAAAUUCACUCUGGAGAGAAACCGCACACAUGUGAUCAAUGUGGGAAGAGUUAUAUUACCAAAGAAUACCUAAAGGAACACAUGAAAAUCCAUACUGGAGAGAAGCCGCACGCAUGUGAUCAGUGCGGGAAGAGUUUCACACAAAAAAGUAACCUUAAGACACACAUGAAAAUCCACACUGGAGAGAAGCCGCACACAUGUGAUCAGUGUGGGAAGAGUUUCAUGCAUGGAAGCACUCUAAAAUUACAUCUCCAUACUCAUUCUGUAGAAGGGCCAUUUUACUGUGAUCAUUGCGGUAAAAGUUUUGGUUUGGAAUCAGUCCUGAGGAACCACCUGAAAAUUCAUGCUAAGGAGAAACGUCAUUCGUGUUAUUCAUGUGGAAAGAGUUUUCGGUACUUGGCGGUUUUAAAAAUACACCUGAAAAGACACAGCUCUGUAAAGCCUUAUAUGUGUUUUGAGUGUGGGAAGAUGUUUUUUACAAGUUCCGAACUUAAACAGCACCAGAUAAUUCACACUGGAGAGAAACCUUACAAAUGUUCACACUGUGACAAGAGAUUCUCUCUGUUAGGAAACAUGAAAACACACGAGAGGAUCCAUACUGGAGAGAAGCCAGAUGACUGUCCUCCAAGUGAGAAGAGUUUUAGUAAAUUAGCUUCUCUGCGCAGUCACACAAAAAGUAAGAAACAACAGUAA